AUGUUGGUGCCGCUUCCACGAGUGGUGUGUCGUUUCCGAGAACGACCGAUCGCGCUGGGUGGUGACAUCCAAGAAAUGUACCAUCAGAUCAGGAUCAGAGAGGAGGACAAGCAAGCUCAACGCUUCCUGUUCCGCGAGAACCCUGCCGACGCUCCGCAGGUUUCGGCUCAGUUCGUGAAGAACCUGAACGCGGACCAGUAUGCGGAGGAGUUCCCGGAGGCAGCUGCGGCGAUUAAGGAACGACACUACGUGGACGACUACUACGACUCGGUGGACACGGUCGAGGAAGCGAUUCGGCGGGCCAACGAGGUGAAGUUCAUCCACUCGAAAGGAGGUUUCAACAUCCGGAACUGGGUGUCGAACUCGAAGAAGGUGCUAGACGCAAUGGGAGAACGAAGCGAGAAGACAUCCGUGCACUUCAACCAGGACAAGUCGGCGUUCUACGAGCGUGUACUCGGCAUAGUCUGGGAACCGGAUCAGGACGUGUUCUGUUUCGCGGUGGCCUCGAAGCCGGAGUUCCGCGACGUUCUGGCGGGAGAGCGACGUCCGACCAAGCGGAUCGUGCUGAGUGUGGUCAUGCCGCAAUUUGAUCCAGCGGGAUUCCUCGGACCGAUCACCAUACUCGGGAAGAUUCUGGUGCAAGAUCUGUGGCGCACGGGGUGCCAGUGGGACGAAAUGAUCGACGAGCUGGCUUUCCAGAGGUGGCUGCGUUGGAUCAACAUUUUGGCGGACGCGAAGCACUUCAAACUACCAAGGUGCUACUUCGGGAACGCGCGGUGGGACGAGAUUGAGGAGAUUCAGCUGCACAUCUUCGCGGAUGCGGGCGACAAGGCAUACGGAUGCGUGGCGUACUUCCGGGCGAUCGUCCGGGGCGAAGUGGUGGUGGCGCUGGUGAUGAGUCGGUCCAAGGUGGCGCCGCUGAAAAUGCUGUCCAUCCCGCGUCUGGAGCUGGAGUCAUGUGUACUUGCGGCGCGCAUGUCCCAGGCGAUUCACGACAACCACAGUUUCCCGAUCAGCAAGACCUUUUUCUGGACUGAUUCGGCGGUCGUCCUGUCGUGGAUCCGCUCCGAUCAGCGUCGCUACAAACAGUUCGUCGGGUUUCGGAUCGGUGCCAUUUUGAGCAUGACGUCGCUGAUGGAUUGCAACUUCGUCCCGACACAACAUAACAUCGCCGGCAUCCUGACGAAGUGGGGCAAGGACCCGAACGUCCGGCCCGACAGUCCGUCGGUCUGCUGCCCGAGGUUCAUCCACGACCAGCAAGUAAACUGGCCGAAGAAAAGCCUGCCCCCACCGAACACCACGGAGGAACUUCGCGUGCAUCUUCUUCUACACGACGUGAAGGUGGUGGACACCAUCGUGGAGGUGAACCAUUUCUCAAGGUGGACGAUGCUGGUGAGGACCAUGGCGUGCGCUCAUCGAUUCGUGUCGAACCUCAAGCGGAAAACGAAAGGGUUGCCGAUGGAGACGCUGCGUGCGACGAAGGCGCAGGCGAAGAUGCUGAGACCGACGACGGUACCAUCGGUACGUGUGGCUCUGCAGCAGGACGAGUACAAGCAGGCGGAGGUGUACCUGCUGAAGAUGGUGCAGGCGGAGAGCUUCAUCGACGAGGUGAAAGUGCUGACCAGGAACAAGGAUCGUCCGGCGGAUCAGUGGCUCGCCCUCGAAAAGUCAAGUCCGCUGUACAAGCUGACUCCACUGGUCGACGAAGACGGUUUGCUGCGGAUGGAAGGGAGAACCGAGAACGCGGAGUUUCUGCCUUUCGAUCUGAGAUUCCCAGUGAUUCUACCAAAGGAUCACCACGUCACCCGGAUGAUUGUCCAGCACUACCAUCAGAAGUUCGGACACGGAUAUCGCGAGACGAUCAAGAACGAGCUGCGCCAGCGUUUCUUCAUUCUGGGGGUCAACACACUGGUUCGACAAGUGGCGGCGGCGUGCGUCUGGUGCAAGGUGCACCGCAAUCAGCCGCUGGUGCCAAGGAUGGCGGCGCUUCCUGUGCAACGCAUCACACCGAAUCUUCGCCCGUUCAGCUACGUCGGGGUUGAUUACCUGGGACCGCUCGACGUGUCAGUGGGACGCCGGUCCGAGAAGCGUUGGGUAGCGCUGUUCACUUGCUUCGUGACGCGCGCGGUGCAUCUGGAGGUGGCGUAUGGGCUGACGGCACAAACGUGUCUGAUGGCGAUUCGUCGUUUCAUCUGUCGUCGAGGCCCUCCGGUCGAAUUCUUCUCCGACAACGGAACGAACUUUCGGGGUGCGAGCAAGGAGCUGGUGGAGACGGUGCGGAGCAUCGGGAACGACUGCGCCGAGGUGCAGACAACGUCGAGAACGAAGUGGACCUUCAACCCACCCGCUGCACCCCACAUGGGGGGUGUUUGGGAGCGUCUGGUCCGCUCUGUGAAGGAGGCGCUGGAGGCGUUGGACGACGGGCGGCGGCUGACGGACGAGAUUCUGGUGACCUGUCUGGCGGAGGCGGAGGACAUGAUAAACUCACGUCCGCUCACGUACGUGGCUCAAGAAUCGUCGCAGGCGGAGGCCCUCACACCAAAUCACUUCAUUCGAGGAGUUUCACCGAACGAACCCAACACGGUCCCGCCAUCCCCUCACCCUGCAGAAGCUCUACGUGACGCCUACAAGCGGUCGCAACAGUUGGCAGAUGUGAUGUGGCAGCGCUGGGUCAAGGAGUACGUGCCGUCGGUGAAUCAACGCACGAAGUGGUUCGGUGAGUCGAGGCCGCUGAAGGCGGGCGACCUGGUCUACAUCGUCGACGGGAAGAACAGGAAGUCCUGGAUCCGCGGAGUGGUCGAAGAGCCGAUCGUGUCCGGCGACGGGAGGAUUCGCCAAGCAUGGGUGAGGACCAGCAGCGGGCUGGUGAAGCGCGCGACAGCGAGGCUGGCCGUGUUGGAGAUCGAGGGUAAACCUGCUUCAGAAGCCUCGGAACCGGGUUUACGGGCCGGGGGAUGUUGAGGCCGCUCACUGCCGCGACGGGGUCGACACCAUGCUGCUGCGUGGGAACGAACGCCGCGACGGCAUCUCACGCGCGUGAGACGUGAGAAAGAGGAACGUGAACAAUGACGGAACACACGAGAAAAAGGGCGACGAAUCAAAACAAUGUUCACAAUCAAAAGUAACGAGCACAAGUUUGGCAGGGAAAAAGGAACGUGAAGUGAUUUGGAUAAUUAGGAGGAUAAUUAGGAGGAUUGUGAGGAUUGAAGGUGGAUUUGUGGUUCGGGAUAAACAGAAGGUAGACGGACACAAAUUCGAACCACACGCGGGUUGAUCCGGGUGGCGAUCCACGGAGGGAAGACGAGACGGUUCAGGACGGACAGGAUAGAACCGCUUUUGUGUACGACUACAACACAAACGUAGAACACAAAUCCGGAUCGGGUUGGACGGAAAACAGGAAACAAACAAAUUGUAAGACAAAACACACACACACACACAAACACAACAUGUACUAAACUUAAAUCUAAAUUGCAGCUUUGAUCUGCCGUGCAAUAAAUUGGGCUGAUACCAAGAAGUUGUUUCCGUUGGCGUCCCGAACACAAUGAUUGGCCCUUUAAAAAUGCUAGUCUUGAUUUAAAAAUUUUAAAAAUAAGUUGAUUAAAAAAUCUGCAAAAAAAAAUGUCCGUGUACCUAUUUUUUUCUCAAAAGUCCUCAACAAUAC